UUGAAGAUGUCGGUAUUCUUGAUAUGAAUGUUACUUGCCCUACUUUUCGUGCUGUAGUGAAAGAAAGAUUUUCAGAAGCAACGGAAAGUCCCAUGCAAUUUCAACCUAAUCUUCUACAAAUCCAAUCAGAGGGCCCUAUUAAAUUAAUGUCAGUGAGUCAAAAUGGUACUCCCCUGGAAUGGGAGCAUUUCCUUCCUCAUGAGAGAGCUGAAGAGCCUAAUGAUGAUUUCCAUGGUAUUUCAUGUGCUGCUUGUUCAAAUGCCACUGACAACGACACCAUGGACUUGGAACAUUCUGUGACAGAACCCAGCAGCCAACAUGAAGGCAAGGACACAUCACCUCGUCAACUUUAUCUCAACUCACCUCUAACAGUAAAAGACAGCGUUGUUUCAAUCUAAAUGUAUGCUGCUUCUUGCCAUUAAAGUGGAGUAGAUUUCUGUAAAUUAUUAGAUCUGAUUCAUUUGCUUUUGCCAAAGCCUAACAAUUUGCCUACCAGCAAGCACUUAAUGUUUAACAUUUUUAGAAAUGAUAGUGGGGCAAUGAAUCUGAUAUAUUACUGUAAUAACUGUUGGAAAAGGAGGAGUUCUCUUCAUGAUAAGUGUGAUGUGUGCAAAAAUAGUGUAGUCAAGUAUUUUAUUGCUACUUCUAUUAUUUCUCAACUUCAGAAGUCGUAUGCUAGGCCUGGGUUUCUUGAGAAAUUGUCAUAUAGACAGAAGAGAACCAAAGAAAAUGUAGACAAUAUUGAAGAUGUGUAUGAUAGUGCCUUGUACAAAGAAUCUGAGAGGACAUUUCCCUUUGAUGAGUUUCAUUUAUCUUUGACUUGGUACACAGAUGGAGUGGCACUAUACAAUUGCAGUUCUUACUCCCUUUGGCCUUUCAUUUUUGUUAUUAACGAAUUGCCUCCAGAAGAACGGUACAAGGAAGAGAAUCUGAUCAUAGGGGGUCUCUGGGGGGAUUCAGAUAAGGCCCCCCAAUGUUUUUCUUCUUCCUAUUUACAAUGAGGUAGUUAAAAUGAAGGGGGGAUUUCCUGUUCGAUUGCCUGGUGGUGUUGAGGACAAAGAAGCUAAAGCUAUUGUACUGUUUGGCACAUGUGAUGUUCCAGCAAAAGCCAGCUUUUUGAACAUGAAAGGGCAUGCUGGUUAUGAUUCAUGCCCAAAAUGUUUUGUUCGUGGGGAAAAGUCAGACAGAACAGGGCAGGUGAUGGUUUUCCCACAUGAAGAAAAUCUUUUGCUAAGAAAUGAUCAGAAUUACCAAGAAUGUGUUACUAAUGCUGUGGCUUCAAAAAGUGAGGAUAGGGGCGUGUAUGGGCCCACAAUUUUGUCAUACAUUGUGUAUUCAAGUUUCAUCAGAUCAACAAGCAUUGACAGUAUGCAUGCUCUGAGCCUGGGAAUUGUGAAGCAACUUUUGCGGCUUUGGUUCGAUUCUAAAUAUUCAAAUGAACCAUUUUCAGUUGUUAAGUUUGUUGACAAGGUAAACAGGUUUUUGAAGCAACUGAGUUUACCUCACUUUGUACAACGUCUACCAGAAGAUGUUACCAAACUUCAUUUUUGGAAAGCAUCUCUCUGCAGAAACUUUUUGCUUUACAUUGCCU